UGACAAAUACCUCAAAUAUGGCUACAACCUCGGAAUUCACAGAGAAAUCAUUCUCAAUAGCAGACGCUGACAAGAAUGCAAAGUUUAACACCAAAGAUGAUAUAAAGCCAAUCCUUGAUAAACUUCAAAGUCAACUUGACGUUGAGGACGUGCAUUUUAGCGGUGUAUCGAUUGGUGUAGAAGCAGCGAUUGCACUCUCAGAGAAACUUCCUGAAUUGAAAUCAUUAAGAAUCGCUGAUUUUAGUGAUAUUUUCACUGGGAGACUAAUCACUGAAAUUCCACAAGCUUUGAAGAGUAUUUGUGAUAGUUUAUUAAAAUGUCCAAAGCUUGAAGAGGUUAACUUAUCCGACAACGCUUUUGGUGGUAGAUCCGCUGAACCAAUGGUUAACCUUCUGUCAAACCAUCCAAAUUUACAAGUUUUAAAGCUCAACAACAACGGUUUAGGUAUUGAAGGUGGUAAAAUAGUUUCAGGAGCUCUUAAAUCGCUCGCUUCACACCCAGAAGGUUCAAAAUUGAGAGUAGUAGUCUGUGGUAGAAAUAGAUUAGAGAACGGCAGCUCAGAUAGCUGGGCCGAAGCUUACUCUCUUCAUAAGAACACUUUACAAGUCGUCAAAAUGCCACAAAACGGUAUUAGACCAGAAGGUAUCACAGCUAUUCUUGGUGGUUUGACAAAUUGCAAUGAUUUGAGAGAGUUGGAUUUACAAGAUAACACUAUGACAAAGAAUGGAUCAAUCGCGUUGUCUAACGCUAUAAAGAGUUGGUCUAACUUGGAAGUUAUCAAUAUCAGCGAUUGUUUAACAGGUGGACGCGGUGGAAUUGAAAUAGCCAAGUCAUUGGCUACAGGUGUAUUGAAAGAGCUUAAAACUCUUAGGCUUCAAUUUAAUGAAUGGGAUGAACGCUCACUUAGUUUGUUAUCUAAGUACAUCAAUGAAUUUGGUCAAAAGCUUACGACUUUGGAAAUUAACGGUAACAGAGCAGAUCCUGAUGAAGAUGUUAUUGAAAGUAUUAGAGAAGCUUUAUCAAAACAUAACCAUGGUAAUGCUCUUGAUGAACUUGAUGAAAUGGAGGAAUACGAUCCAGAGGAUCUUGAAGAAGAAAGUGAGGGUGAACAAUCCGAUGAAGAGGACGAGGGUCAAGGAGAAUCAGCGAAGGUUAUUGAGGAGAUUAAAGAAAAGAAACAAGAAAGCGGUGAUGUUGAUGAUCUCGUUAACCAACUUGCAGGAGCCAAAAUUAACUAGAUCAAUCAAUUGCAUAAUGAAAUAUAUCCAUAAUCUAUUAC